AUGGCUACUGCAUUCUCCUACGCUCAAGCCGCCAAGGGCCAGGCGGCCACCACAUCGGCAACCCAGCCCACUGAGAACGGCAAGGAUGCCACCAACUCAGUAAACGGUGAACAAAACACUGUCGAGACCAGCGCCGUCAAGAGCGGCGACCCCGUCGACGACGAGACUUCGAGAAAUACCCCUCUCAAGGCCCAAAUCGCCUCCACACAGGACGCUCCUUCUGUCCCCGCUGAGGCCAACACCAACAACACAUCCGCUGCCGCCUCCGUCACCGACUCUCGACGCGAUGACGAGGACGCGGUCAUCGAGGGCUCCGCUCGACGAAGUGAGAAGAGCGUAAGGUCAGCAAGUGCGUCCACGCGCGUGACCGACGAUGCUGAGCCGAAGAAGGGCUCUAGGAAGCCAAGAAAGGGCAAGGCGGGAAAAGAGUCGGGCGAGGAUGCCAAGAAGGAUAAGCAGGCAGAGCAGGAGAAGGAACAACCCAAGAUCGAGCUGGUCGAGGCACCGCUCCCCUCGGUCAACAUCUGGACCCAACGGAAGGAGACACAGGCUGCAAAGACAUCCGUCACCCUGCCCGUCAACGGCGUUUCCGGCGCAUCCAGCUCCGCUGACGCCUGGCCCAAUAGCCAGGAGUCCAAAAAGAAGGGCAAGGCCGCCGACGCCACUGAAGCGGCGAACGGUGUUGCCGCCUCCAGCAAGUCUCAGCGCAAGGCUGGCGAUGGCGAAGUGGCCGUCCGUAGGAACGGUGCUCGCGGUUCUAGGGUGAUCGACAGAGACAGCCGACCUACUGAGGUGCCUCCUCCCGUCGGUGAUGUCCAGUCAUGGCCUACGCCCGAGACGGCGGUCAAGGAGACCGUCAAGGAGGACAAGCGCAAGCCCUCCGACAAGACUGAGCGGCCAGACGCUGACGUCCAGGAUGACGCUGCCUCAAAAGGACGUUCCAAGGAGAAGUGGGAGCGCAUGGACUUCGUACCCACUGUUCAGUUCUCCACCCCUAUUCCCUCAGUGAGAGGAUCUCGAGGAGGACGCGGUGGCGCUCGUGGUGGACGCGACGUCGCCUCUCGCGGUGGGCACGGUGCAUCGGCCGCCGCCGCUGCUGCCGACAAGCCUGCCGCUGCUGCUGUCCCUUCUAGCAAGUCAGGAAGCGAGGCUCGUGAGCGUGCCCGAGAUGGCAACGCACCGAUCAGGACCAACUCUCAGCCCCCUGCUGCAAACAACAAGCGCGCUUCCAUGGAGGCGUCCAGCAAGGAGCAGCGCAAGCCGUCUGCACCCAGCUCGAGCGAACGUAAUAAGGAGCCGCAGUCCAAUGCUACCAACGAACAGGCCGGACCUGUGAGGGAGAGGGGCGAGGGUCGCGGUGAUAGGGGUCGUGGCGGAUACCGGGGCCGCGGAGGCCACCCUGGAAACGUGCCCAUGCACUCUCAGCAAUCUUCCUACAUGGGCAACGGCAACACCUUCGGCUCCCAAGGCCCGCGCCAGUUUACUAGCCCCCCUCUGCACCAGAACGGUAGCUUUGCUUCAUCAUACGGCGGUUCCCAGUCUCGUGGCGGUCGUGGUGGCCGUGGCCAGUCCAACGGUUCCGGUGCUUUCCGUGGAGCCGGUGGCCCUUCGAACUCUGGUCGCAUGCGUCAGGUUCAGACAAACAUGAGCCAGGUUUCCUGGGACUACGGCAUGCCCAUGACCCCUGGCUCCUACCCUGCUUUUUACGAGCAGACCAGACACCUCAUGAUUCCUCAGUUUGAGUACUACUUCUCUGUCGAAAAUCUCUUGAAGGACGAGUUCUUGCGUAAGCACAUGGACAGCCAGGGUUUCGUGCCCUUGGAGCUCGUACUUGGUUUUUCCAGGGUCCGUACCGUCGCCGACCCUCAAACUCUGCGCGCAAUCUGUGCCGAGUGCCCCCAAUUGGACUAUGUUAUUGGAGAUGAUGGUAUCGAGAGACUGCGCUCUCGCACGCAUUGGCAGAAAUUCGUCUACUCCAAGAUGGAGCUCCGCUUCGAGUCCGCGCGCAACGCUGGGCCUCAGUACUUUUACCCGCGCUCGCUUCACGCCAUGGCCCCAUACGACCAUGGCAUGCUGGGCGACUACCCUGUUGUUUCGCCGUCCGCAUACCCCAACGGCACUGAGAAUGGCUACGUUACCUACCCUACCGAGUUGCCUGCGGGGCAGAUCAACGGUCUGUUGAACGGUGCCGGACCCGAGACACAGCUUUCAGCUCAGGUUCCCGAAUUCCAGCCGGGAACGUCUGAGCAGGCUGGUGCCCACUCGGAGUCCGGGUCCAAGAUUGAACCACUCGUCAAUGGCUCUGCCGAGUCUCACGCGGAGAGCGCGCCCUUGAUCAAUGGCAAUCACGCCCAGUCCGCCGAGGUCCUCCAGUCCUAG